ACCAGGACACGUGCGAGGCACGUGGGGAGGAAAAACCCUCUUUUAAAACCCUAGCUUUGCCAGUUCUCUCACUUGUCUUCUGUUAGCUUCUGAGUUGCGAGGAUGUAUCUUCAGUUCUACAUAAACGAGAAUGGCGAUAAAGUUUAUACCACUAAGAAAGAAUCACCUCUAGGGAUUCCUACUCAAUCUGCUCAUCCAGCUCGUUUUUCCCCUGAUGACAAGUUCUCGAGGCAGAGAGUUCUUCUGAAGAAGCGAUUUGGACUUUUGCCCACUCAGAAGCCGCCCCCAAAGUACUGAAAUUAUAUCCAAGGAGCUUAUUUUUCAACUUUAUAUUUUCUAAAUGCAAUGUUUCAUCUUUCAUCUUUCAAUGGUUUUGUAAUGUAAAGUUGGAUGGUUAAUAUUCCAAGUAUUGAAUGUUUGAUUUGAGCCA